AUGUCUACAAAGGAUUUCAGUGCGAUCCCAGUCCUCACAACGGGCAACUACCUCGCAUGGUCCCAAAAGAUAGAUGGAUAUUUCACACUCAACAACCUCGAUGACCUUGUCUACGGACUCGAGCUCAGCCCUGACUCAGCACCCAAAGACCCUUCCACUGGUACGGAAGGCGAGGGGAGUGAGAGUUCAGCCUCUUCCAAACAAUACGUUGCUGAUAAUGCUAACGAAUGGAAACGCCGCGCAAAACAGGCCUCCGCAGCCAUCACACUCACUGUCGAUGAGACCAACAUGAGCCAGAUCCGCAAACUCAAAGGGGAUCCGGUCGCAAUGUGGAAUAAACUCGAGUCUAUUCACAAUGCAAAGUCAUCAGUGACCCGCUUCAAUGCGCUUGAGGCAUUCUUCACCAAGACGAAGGCCGAAGGAGAGCCUUUGGCGUCGAUCACAGCCGCCACCAAUGCCCUCGAGGAGCAAUUUAGAUCACUCUGGACGACAGACUACGAUGUAGACGCACUACUGAACGACCCCGCUAUGAUGUCAAGCCUCCGCAUGAUCCCGCCUGAAUCAAUUCACGUCCGAACUUCGCUACUCUGCCAGCCAAAUCUCACCUGA